GCGAAGUUAAUUCCUACCGCCGUGCCGUCUGUGCAUGCAAACCACUCUGCCUGCCCUGUCCCGAGGUCGAGAGACACCGUCUGCCGCAAGCGAGAGAUUGCCACGGUAAGCAUCAUGCUAUAGCUGCUAAUUACAAGCUGCGCGUUAGCUAGCUCUGUGUAUUUUGCAUACCGUGUUCCCUUUGACACAGCCUCCUCUACAAGCAUGAUCAGUCUGACAUUAGAAGAGCAUAUUUCGUGAUUCACGAAUAUGAGCCAAAACAAAAUUGCCCUGAAGUAAAUGUCCAUAUCGUCAUGAAAGCUUCAUGGCUAGUGUUUGGAUCAGUGAUCGUCAUCAUCAAGCGGCUUUCACAACAGUGUGUUUGCGUUUUGUGUUAGUGCUAGACUGCUACGGUUCUCUUUCACAUAUACUGUAUUUGACCGUGACCGUGAUUUCUUUUUUAUAUACUUAUAUAUACUAUACUUUAUACUAAUAUACUUUUUUAUAUUUGUUUUCGCAAGAUGUUGACAGACGCCUCACAGCAGGAGACCGUGGCCAGUGUAGACACUGUGGAGAGUGUCGAUACUGGGGAUCAGCCCUUGCCCUCCUCCACUUCUGACGCUGGGACACAAUGUUAUUUGAAGCCCCCCCGAUGGUCUCACGCUGUGCAGGUUAACCUGAAGCCCAAGAUGGUUAGCGUGGGCACACAGACUUCAAUCAGCCCACAAACCUCCACUCCCCUCGCUAGUCCUGAACAGACAGUUGACGACGAUGAUGAUGAUAAUGCCACUGUCAUCAGUGACUUGUCGUGGGUGCCCGAAGAGCCGAUGGAUGAGGAGGAAUUGUUUGAUGAGGAGCCACCUUACACGUGUGACCCCCACCACAAGUCUGUGCAUCAUGUGGCUACCACCGUUUCUGGCAAAACCAGCCAAUGCUCCACAGGAACAUGCCAACCUGCAACCUCCACACAGACACUAAGAAUGUUGACCCUGUUUGGCCUGCAGUGCAUCAGUGCCAGCAGUUUCUUUCGCCAUCAGCGCCGCUACACCAUCCCUGUAAUCGUUCAGGCCUGGCAGAAUGAUCAAGCCAAGAAUUUUAGUGACCUACGGGCAAUGGAUGGCGGGCUAGUUCUUGCUGGUGACUGCAGGUCAGAUUCUCCUGGGCACUGCGCAAAGUAUGGGUCAUACUCUCUGAUAGAGGACAGAGUGAACAAGGUGGUGGAUGUUCAGCUUGUUCAGAGCUCAGAGGUCCCCAACAGCUCAUGGUGUGAGCUUGAAGGGCUCAAGCGCAGUGUUGGCCUGCUGAGGGGAAACGACCUGCAUUUGGCAACGCUGAUCACGGACCGACAUCGCCAGGUUGCCAAAUGGGUGAGAGAGGAGCUGAUCCCUGAAGGGACACAGCAUUAUUUUGACGUGUGGCACAUUGCCAAAAGUCUGGGGAAGGCAUUGGAUGCAGCAUCCAAAGAGUGUGACCAACUACAGUUGUGGAGGCCAGCUAUAGUGAAUCACCUCUAUUGGACUGCAGCCUCAACCCCAGAUGGCAACCCAGCGGUCAUGGAGGCCAAAUGGAGAAGUUUAGUGAACCACAUCCAGGACAUCCAUGACCAUGACACCCCUGCCUUCUCCAGUUGUGCCCAUGGCCCUCUAGACGAAGAUCAGCGCAACAAAGAGUGGCUGGACCCAGGCUCAUUGGCAGCAGUCAAGUUGGAGAACAUAAUGAUGAGGGCUGCCUUGCUGAAAGAUGUUCGUCAGCUGUCUCCACAGCACCAGACCUUCUCCCUUGAGGCUUACCACUCCCUCAUCUUGCACUUCGCGCCCAAGCACACUGGGUUUUCAUACCUUGGGAUGUAUAGCAGGCUUCUCUUAGCGGCGCUGCAUUAUAAUCACAAUGCCAAUCGCGAGACAGCACGGAGAAGUGACGGGACGGAGAAGUACUGCGUGCGGUAUCCGCGCUUCAGAAAAGGUGCCCAUGUGGUGCGUCCCAUCAAAGAGGCAGCCUCAUACGGUUAUGCAACAUCAUUAAUGAAGGCCCUUCGGGAGAGCUACGCCAAUUCACCCGCGGUUCUUCGAGAGGUUGGCGCCAAUUUGUCCUCCGAUGCACCCGCCCCCAUCGCCAAAUCCUUCGAACAGAUUCCUAAGGAGGAGGCCAUCAGCCUCUACCUAGCCCGGCAGUCACGCUUCAAGAAAACCUAAUUUCACAUUAUUAUUUUUUUCCACGGACAAGUCCAAUGAUUUAGUUGUUAUUAUUUGCAUGAAAUUUCUUUGUAUAUAAUUCAAAAUAAUUUGGUAAUCAUUUUACCUGUGCCUUGUCAACCUCUGUGUGCGGUGUUGUCUGGGCUCACUGUGUCUGCUUGAUGUGCUUUUGCAUGUAUCACUGCAUGUAUGCAUGCAUGAAAUAGUGUGCGUGUGUGUGUGUGUGAGAGAAAGAGAACCAUCAACUGACCCUCGGGUAUGACUACACUAUUGCAGAAUUAAUUAGAAUUAGAAUUAAACAUUGCGGGUCUAGCCCUUCAUCAGUGUUCCUUGUAUGUUUUGUGCCUAACCAUUUUUUUAUAUAGAUUUAAUUCCAACCUGUGUCUUUGUUCAGUAACCAUUACAAGCAAUGCCAAUCAACUUUUUUUUUAUCCAAAAUGCAUGUGUUCUGUGUACUAUAUAACAUUUUAAGGGCAAUUGAAUGAUCACAACAGAAUAAGCAUAACUAUUAUUUUUAUUCAUUUUCAUCCAAACAAGGCCAUUGAAAGCCCUGAUAGGUCUGGUCAUCAUUCUGGAAUUGCUGUCUGAUGGUUGAAACCACACAAGAGGGUAGAGGCUUCCUUAUACUCCUCCCUAAAACGCCAUAAGCCCAGCGUAUAGCUUGCCUGUACGCAGUGUACCGGUAUUGCCUAGGGAUAAGUAGGAAAGAUUCUUAAGUUUAAAACUCUGUAAGUAGGUUGGAAACGUCAUUUUAAGCCUGUUUCUUAUGCAUGUUUAUUGUGUAUGCAACACAUCUCCUGUCACCUAUAACUGUUGGUUCAAAUGACUCAGUGUAAAAAGAUUUGUAAAGUAAACAUAAACCAUGAACAUA